UGUGGAGGAUACGGCUCAGCGCUCAGCCCUGUGAUCGCAAGGAGCGCCUCAGUCCGUCCGCGCCCAUCGCACCGCACACGGAUACGGAACAAGACCCACUUGCAACGUCUGAGGAUGAAGGUAGCGGUCCUGGAAAUCGCGCAGCUGCAGCUGGCACGUCAUGCGCCUCGGAGUGGCCGGACCUCCUGACCGGGCAUGCGUAACUACACGCGCCGUCCUACCGGGUGGUGACACACCCGCAGUGGCAGUGGCACGCGCAAUUGGUAGGAGGAGGAUGAGAGAAGGUUCGAAUGCUUCGAAGGAAACCGCGAAGCCGCUCCACAGACCCUGGAAGUUGGACUUCAGGAUGAACUCGAAAAGAGGAGAUUCUUCCUGCACACGGACGUGCGCUGAAGAUGCGAAAAGGAUCCUUCGACUCGAAAGGCGGCUCCAUAGCGAAUGGAGCGUAUCCCUUCCUCAGACCUUCGGGCCUCAGGCCCUCAAACAGCGACCUCUGGCUCUGGAUGAACCUGGUCAGACUCCAGCGAGCGACGAGCGUGCCAAUUCCAAGCACCAGACACGAUGGGGUUCCUCCACCGCACUUCCACUUCCACUUCGCACUCAAUACUCAAUACCCGUCCAUCGAGGCUUCGAAGCUUCGAGGUCCGAGGCUGCCGGCAGGGUCCGUCCAGAGUCCGAGCUUCGCGAGCCCCACAGGAGCACACACGCACAACGUCACCGCGUCGCCAUUCUGAAGGUGCGAGGGCACGUUCGUUCUCGGGCAAGGUCCGCACCGGACUCCGUAGCCGCAGGAAGCGAUCAUGCGCCCGUGGCGAGUAGAGCGGCCGCAUUCGGGGCAGUCCAUCCAACUGAGAUCUGAACGCUGGUAUGCAGAAGAUCAGAAAUCCAAUUGUGAUAACAGCUCAACCUCAGCACUAGUAGUACUCAGCGCGCAGACCAGGAGUCCCGGAUGGUGCACGCACGGUACCGGUGUUCCGUCCCAGCUCGGAGAACUUCACGCUACACGCCUCGAUCGCGCGGUCGCACUCCAUACAGGCCGCAGUUUCCCCGCAAUUAAUGUGCAACGCCUCACCCAGAACACGAAAUUGAGCGGAACAUGCCGAGCGAGCGAUGUUCUGCUGCGUCCUUACGCCACGCGCUCUGCCGGCCGGCGUGCAAGUCUGUUUUCUUGCCUAAUGGAGGGAGGGUGGAAUGCGGUGCGACGCGUGUCGUGGUUAUCAUUGUGG